UAUCUGCCUUGUCUUCUUCCAUAUAUAUAUCUCUCAUCUGUUCCCACACCACAAACACCCACCUUUUUUGAACACACUCAACACGUUACUUGUUGCUGUGAGUUUUGGUAAAUGCUUCCAUGCCUUCAUCACCUCUUCUUCGCACCCAACGCGGUGCAAAGGUCAUUUCCGACUUCCAUGGCUGCUCACGCCUCUCUUUCAAAGAGGUGAUUGUUGAGAUGAAAAUGCUGUACACAAUAGCCUUCCCCAUGAUCAUCACCGGCCUCCUAACCUACGGCAAGUCCUUCAUCUCCAUGCUCUUCCUCGGCAAUCUCGGCAAGGACGCCCUUGCCGGCGGCUCCCUCGCCAUCGCCAUUGCCAACAUCUCCGGCUACUCCAUCCUCUACGGCCUCUCCCUCGGCAUGGAGCCCAUCUCCUCCCAAGCCUUCGGAGCCAAGCAAUGGCCCCUCCUCUCCCAAACCCUCUAUCGCACUCUCCUCCUCCUCUCACUCUCAUGCAUCCCUAUCUCAAUCCUAUGGCUCAACAUCCACCCUUUCCUCCUCUUCUUCAAGCUUGACUCUUCCAUCUCCGCCGCCGCCGUCCCCUACCUCGCCUUCUCCCUCCCCUCCCUCCUCUUCCAAUCCCUCAUCAACCCCCUCAAGAUCUACCUCAGAGCUCAAAACAUCAUUUCCCCAAUCAUGUCUAGCGCCAUCGUCGCCCUCGCCUUCCAUGUCCCCACUGCCUACCUCCUUGUUGCCCACCUUCGUCUUGGUGUCCCUGGCGUGGCCCUCGCUUCUGCAGCAGCCGACCUGGCCCAGUUGACAACUCUACUAUCUCAUGUAGAAAACCUUUCUUCCCUUGGCGGUGGCGGCGCAACCGCCACUGCCAAGGAGUGGCAGGCGCUGCUAAAGCUGGCGCUGCCUAGCUGCGCCGCCGUCUGCCUGGAGUGGUGGUGGUACGAGAUCAUGAUUCUCCUGGCGGGCGUCCUCCCGGAUGCCGCCGAGGCCGUCGCCUGCAUGGGAAUCCUCACACAGGCGACCUCCCUCGCCUACGUCUUCCCGUCCGCCCUAGGCCUUGCAGCAUCAGUCCGCGUCGGGAACGAGCUGGGCGCCGGGCAGCCGGGGCGGGCGAGGGGGGCCUCGCUGGUGGCGGUCGCGUGUGCGGCCGCCACCAGCCUGGCGACCUCGUCGUCCAUGCUGGCUGUAGCCGGCGCAUGGGGCCGGGCGUUCACGGACGACAAGGCCGUGGCCGCCCUGACGGCGGCGCUGAUGCCGGUGGUGGGGCUCUGUGAACUGGGAAACUACCCGCAGACCACCGGGUGUGGGGUGCUGAGGGGAAGCGCGAGGGUGUCCCUCAGCGCCCAUAUAAAUGUGGGGUCGUUUUAUGGGGUUGGAUUGCCACUGGCAAUAUGGAUGGGCUUUGUGUUGGAAAUGGGCCUGUUGGGGUUAUGGUUGGGCCUACUGGGGACCCAAAUCGUGUGUGCGCUGCUCAUGGCUUGGAUAUUGGGCACCACGGAUUGGGUAGUGGAGUCCCAUAGGGCGAGGCAGUUGAUAGGGAUGGAAUUUGAAGAUCAAGGCUUGGCAUCAAUCAAGACAUUAUCUUGAUUUCCUUCUCCACUGUGCUUUUCUUCUUUCUCCCUUUGUAAAUAAAUAAAUUAAUUAAUCUAUUAAUAUAUAAAAGGCCAAUUUUAGGGAGUUUUGAACAAUUAUUUUAU